CUCUCUCACACUCAUGGCACCCUUAAGAAAUGCAUUUUCAAGCUAUUGCAGAAACACCUUUACAGCUUCGUGUGAAGGCGAUUUUGACUGAAUGCACCUUUAAACUGUCAAAACGAAAACGAUUCCAGAUUGACUUUACAAGUCUAUUUAGAUGAAUCCUCUGUGCUGUACAUUUUAAAGACGACAAUUUAUUUUGGAAAGUCUAUACAAUUGCAAAAUGAUUGGGUAAUCAACGAAAAAAUUCUAUUCAGAAUUAUAGUUCAUCAAUUUUUCUGUUUAUUAUAUCUUUAUAUUACGUCUUGAAAUUUUUUGAUCAGUGCGUGAAAAAUUUACGGAAUGUCGUCGAACAAUGAAAAUGAUUAUUCCAGCAGUGAAAGUGAUACAGACUCUGAUAAUCCCAGUGACAAAUAUGAGGAUUUUGAGAAUUACUAUGGUACUGAAGAUUACACGCCUAUUUUUCUAGCCGUUCACAAUGGUGAUUUAAAUAGUGUUAGUACUUUACUAAAUGAAUAUAAUUUAGCAGAAAAUAUACAUGAGAAAAGAAUGUUGCAUGUGGCAGCAGCACGAGGUCAUCUACAGAUUGUCGAUUUAUUGAUAAAAAACGGAGCUAAACUUAAUGUCGAGGACGUCAAGGGAAGAACACCUUUUUACAUAGCUUUACUGCAAAAUAAUGUUGAAGUUGCCGAGUUUCUUUUGGAAAAUGGUGCACGUAUUAAUAUUCCAAGAAAAGGCGGAAGAACAACACUUCAUGUCGCGAUAAAAACGCAGAACAUUCAAAUUGUCGACAGACUUUUGAAACAGGGUGAUAUAGUCAAUGUACUGGAUGCUAUGUCCCGCUUGAAACCAAUCGAUGUUGCUGCCAGUCUUAAUAAUAUCCAACUUGUGGAACUUCUUCUGAAGUACGGCGCCAAGAUGGAUGAAAGUGAUGAGUUUCGCGAAGAACAGAAAGAUGACCAUAAAAGAAUGACAGCCCUUCAUUAUGCCACUAAAUUUGGUAAUCUAGAAAUGGUCAAAUUAUUAAUGUCGAAUGGCUUUGACAAAAUUGAUGUGAAAAAUUUGAAAGACAAAACACCCCUAGGUUUGGCAAUAGGCAAACAUCGUUUAGGUAUUGUGAAAUACAUGCUUGAAAGUGGAUCAAAAAUAAAUGAGGAUAUUCCUCUCAUCGAUCUCUGUGAAACUGAUGAACAUAUAAAUGUCUUGAAAUUUCUACUUGAUCACGGUAUAAAACAAGUUACGGAUCACACAAAAACUCCACUUUAUUGCGCAUUAGACAGGCAAGAGUAUGAACUUUGGAAGUACCUAAUAACCUGCUAUUCGAAAAUUGAUGCUGUAUUGUGCUCCAAGGAGACUGAACUUCAUUCCGCUGUGCGCGCAAACAACAUUGAAAAGGUACAAGAAAUUCUCAAAAAAAUAAAAGUAAAUUCUUUAUCUGGUGAAUUGGGACAAUUCGCAGUUUACAUCGCCGUUGAAAACGGGAACGAGGAAAUGUUAACGAUUCUCCUGGAAGCAGGCUGUUCAGUUGAAAGUUGUUUUAGGGACAAAUUAUCUCCUCUCCAUAUUGCAGCCACAUUCGAACAUACACGCUUGGUGGAAAUUCUUCUGAAGUACGAUGCGAGGAUUAAUUCAGAAACAAGAGCAUUUCAUCGCCCAUUCGAUUUCGCAGCAGUUAUGGGAAAUUUAAAUAUGAUUAAAUUUCUUAUAAACUCUGGUGGUAAUCUCAUUAGAAAAAAGAAAUACUUUUCAUCACUAGGGUAUUUAUUAGACGAAAGUAGAGUUUCAGAAACAAUUACACGUUCAAUGUUUCAAAAUCUAUUAAAAAUGACAGAGUUGUUAUUGAUUGCCGGAGAUCUCGAGCAUAAAAGUGAAAUGCAUGUUGGUUUUUUGUUGUCAUUUGCUAAUAUUUUAAGAGUUUCUAGCGAGGAUGAACAAACUUCGAUUAGUGACAAUAAAGACAUUGUGAAUAGUGAGGAAGAGAAAUGGGAAUAUCGUCCUGAAAUUGCGAGAUGCUUGCUUAAUUAUUUAAAGGAAAAAGAACUUAAAGAAGUUUUAAAUGAUGAAUUAAGUUGUAAUCCAAAUAUUUGUGAAUUUGUUAUCGACUACUACGAUUCCAAUUUCAUUCCCAUUGAUUAUGAAUUUAGUGGAAAUGAUUGGAAUGAUUUAUUUAUAGUGAAUGAAAUAGAGGACGUUUACACGCUUUUGAAAAUUACACAAAAUAAUUCAAAUUCGGGUAGAUUAACAAAAAAUGAUGAUAAACUUUUAAAGUUGGUAAUUGCACGUCUUGAACUGUUAGAACCCAGUUGCAAGCAAAUAAUGAAAUAUUUCCAUUCAAGUGAAGAUAAAACAAAAAUUCGCAAAUUUCAAAAUAAAUUUCAACAGCAGAUAGUAAUUAUGCAAAAAACAAAAUUUAGCGAUAAAUUAAAUUUGACUUUUUACGAUAUUCUAGUAAAGUCUACUGAUAAAAUUGCGAGUUGCGUAAGACAUGAGAAAUUAUUACAUACCAAUAAAGUAUCGUAUGCUAAAUUUUCAGCGUAUAAAAAAUUUUUAAAGUUGCGUACUGAGAAAAUAAAGCGUAGAAUUGAGUUGAUUGACAUAUCCACGAAUUGUUUGUAUCAUUAUAUUCAAAGGAAUUAUAAAAUUAAAUUUUCAACAACUGAUUUAGAAGAAAUUUUACAAUAUCUUUCAAUGAGCGAUCUUGGAAAGUUGUCAGCAGUGUUUUCUGAAUUUUCAGACUAUAAAAUAAAGUGGUAAAUAUUAAUCAACGAUGGAAAAAAUUUGAAAUUUCAUUAUAAUAGUAUGUCAGUCACAGUUUCUAUACUUUUUAAUUUAAUUAGACAGAAAUAUUUUUAAAAGAUGCUUCUUGUUAUCAAUUUGUUGCAUCUACUGCAAAAAGUUUUGUACUCUCCAUUAUAUUUUUGUAUUGUCUAUUGUACUUGCUGUUAUAUGUAAGAUAAAGUUAAAUUAUUUAAUAUU